AUAGCAGUGAGGGACAUCGGGACGAUUUCUUGUGUUGGCAUCGUGGAGGUGAGUCGUGUGUGCGCCGAGAAGUGUGUCUGGCCUCUGCCUCGUUGUAAGGUGUUGGUUUGGUGGUGUUCCUGUUGUAUGUCGGGAAGGAGUGUACAACAAGGGGCGGUGUAUACGACGAGGGACAAGGUCGGGUCAUGCCGGCCAUCCCCUAAACAUGGAGCAAGCAAGUCUCGGGCGUCAGUCAGGAGGUGGAGCACGACCCGCCACAAAUCUGGCACAGGCGUCCCUACAACUGCGCAACUGCGCAUUACCAACUUCGUGGAGGCGCAUGUGUUUCACUCUCUUCAGAAGAUGACGCAGACCGAGGAGGCGUGUGGUUCGGCACAGGUAUGGGCCGGGCCGUUUCACCGCCUCCAUGAGGCGUACAGGCUAUCAGGAACUGUUCUGUCCAGGGUCUCUUUUUUAACCCUGGUUCUGUCUUGGUGUUAAAAGGUAAUAUAACGGUGUUACAAGCAAAA